CUGCGCGCGCAAGCUACACCUCUCUUCAUCUCAACGCCUCAACAGCUGUUCUCAGCCAGCUCCAGGACAGCGGAGCCAUGUUCCUGCUUUUAGUGCUUCUCACCGGACUUGGGGCGCUGCACGCAGACCACAAUCCUCAUAAAAUCUUUGUGCAGACCACAAUUCCUGAAAAGAUUUCAUCAGUAGAUACAAGAAGAGAUCCAGAAAAUAAUGUUGCUUAUAUCAUUACAUUAAAAGGAAAACCGUAUUUUGUCCAUCUUAAAAAACAGUCAUUUUUAUCUUCAGCUUCUGUUGUUUAUUCUUAUGACAAACGUGGUAUACAACAUUCUCAGACUUUGUUACCUCAGAUGGAUUGCAGUUACAGUGGAUAUGUCACAGGUUUUCCACAUUCUCUUGUGGCACUAAUGACUUGUUCAGGACUCAGGGGAGUAAUGCAGUUUAAAAACGUUUCAUAUAAAAUUGAACCACUGGAGGCUGUAUCAGGGUUUAUGCACUUGAUCUAUGAAGAAAACAAUGAUAACACUCAUGUUCCUCUUUUUGGAGAAAAUGAUUCAUUUGCUCAGCUUAAUGAUGUAGACAGUGAAGUGAGAAGCAGUAUACACAAAACUAAAUUUGCCAAGUUAUUCCCUCGAUACAUUGAAAUCUGUAUCAUUGUGGAUAAAAAUCUGUUUGAUUACAUGGGCUCUGACAUAAAGACUGUAACCCAGAAGGUUAUUCAGCUCAUGGGUCUUGUUAAUUCUAUGUUUGCCCAGUUAAAACUGACUAUUCUAAUAUCUUCCAUUGAAAUCUGGUCAAAGACAAACAAAAUUACAACUACCGGGCAUCCUGAUGAUGUUUUAUUUAGGUUUUUAGCAUGGAAACAUCAACAUGUUGGUCUGAAACACCAUAUUUCAUACUUAUUAGUUUUUGAGAAACAUCCUACCUUUAUAGGAGCCACAUUUCCAAGAUAUAUAUGUGAUAAGAAUUAUGCUUCAGGAGUUGCUCUGUAUCCAGCUGGUUUAUCCCUGGAGUCAUAUGCUGUCAUUAUUGUGCAGUUACUGGGCCUUAAUAUGGGAUUAGUUUAUGACAAUACUGACACCUGCUACUGUUCAGCUGAUGUUUGCACAAUGACACCAAAAGCAGUGUACUCUGGGGGUUUAAAGGAUUUUAGCACUUGCAGCCUGGAUAGCUUUAAAUCUUUUGCAACACAUUAUGGCCUUAGCUGUCUUAAGAACAAUCCUCAUGAAGUGCCAGUUUAUAAGCAGACAAAGCCAAAGAGAAUUUGUGGCAAUUCAAUAAGGGAAGAAGGUGAAGAAUGUGAUUGUGGCACUCUACAAAAUUGUACACAUAAAAAAUGCUGUGAUCCUACAACAUGUAGGAAAAAAAAAGGUGCAAAAUGUGGCUCUGGAGCAUGUUGUACAACAGAUUGCCAGAUAAAGAAAGCCAAUGUACUUUGUAGGCCAUCAGUGGAUGCAGACUGUGAUUUCGAUGAAUACUGCAAUGGACAACAGGGAGACUGUGUACCUGACACUUAUGCACAUGAUGGGCACUCCUGUGACUCAGGUGGAGCCUUCUGUUUUUCGGGAACAUGUCGGACUCAUGACAAACAGUGUCAAGAGUUACUAGGAGGCGACUCUAGAGGUGCUUCUUUUGCUUGUUUUGAUGAAAUAAAUUCCGAGGGAGAUAGAUAUGGAAACUGUGGCAAGUUUCAAUGUAACAUUCGAAAUGCUUUAUGUGGAAAAUUAGUUUGUAUGUGGCCACAUAAAGAAUUAGUAUCACGUGUAAAUUUAUCUGUGAUUUACACACAUGUUCGAGAUGAAAUAUGUGUAACUACAUCUAAAACUGUAAGGAAGGUAGUUAGGACUGCAUCAUUAUCUACGUAUCUUCACCCUGAAGACAGAGAUGAAACAUUUGUACAAGAUGGUACCAUCUGUGGUCCUGAACAGUAUUGUGAUAAAUGGCAUUGUAAAGAAGUUCGAUUUGUUCUCAAUACAAGUUGCAGAUCUUCACUACAUUGUAGUAGCAAAGGGAUUUGCAACAAUUUUCAUAAUUGUCAUUGUGAAAAAGGAUAUUCUCCUCCUGAAUGUGAAAAAAAAAAAGGAGCAUUUGGAAGUGUUGAUGAUGGUCAUGUGCCUAUAACAGAAAAAAGUGACUUGAGGGCAGAAUAUGCUGCUCCCUUAAAACACAACAUUCAACUCAUUUUCUACAUUAGUAUACCUGUGUUAAUUAUUGCUGCUGCUAUUUUAAUAAAGCAAAAUAAAUUAAGAGAGCUGUACUGCAGAGGGGAAAAAGAACAUGAGAGCUCCAUGUCAGAAGACAGAAGCAUGAAUGUCACAUUAUCUUCCACUGAAAGCAAGUCUCCAGCAAACAAGGAAUCUAAUGCUGAGGCAAAAGAUGUACAAAAACCUUCUGAAGUGGCCUACCUCAAGAAGGAAACAAACAAUUUCUCCACCACAUCUGUCACCUCACACUGAGGUGUUCCAACUAUGUAAUAAUAAAUCAUCUGUGAUUGAAUCUCC